AUGGGUAAACCAAGCGUCUAUAAGAUCAAAUGCCCUGUGGGGUUUUUCAAGCACUACAGAACCUUCAAACUGGAGGCCAAUACGCCAAUCUUGGGUGGGCCACAGGACUGCAGGCUCUCCAUGAUUGAGGUAGCCACCCUGGUCAUCCUCCGGCUAAGGAAUACGCCUAAAUCCUUCCCGGGGCAGGGGCCUGGGGUGAUUCAAGAUUGGGGGAAUGUCUACAAGCACAAAAAAAACAAUGUGGCGGUUGGCAAAGAAACUUCCCAAUCCAGCACCCUUGAUGGAAGAGGAAACCCUAAUCAUGCGAACGAUGGAUCUCUAAAGAACCAUUUCCCCAGCAGACAAUGCUCACACACCAAGAAAGACUUUGAGCCCUGGUGGAUGGUAGAUUUGUCAACGAGAAUUAACGUGUCUUCCGUUUUGCUCACCAACCGGGGAGACUGCUGUGGGGAGCGCCUACACGGGGCCGAGGUCAAGAUUGGGGACUCGGCAGAGAACGGCGGCAAAAGCAACCCCAGCUGUGGCACCGUGCCCUCGGAGAACCUCGGUGCAACCAUUUCCCUUGACUGCAAGGGGAUGUUGGGCCAGUACGUGUCUGUGGUCAUCCCAGGGCGGAGAGAAUUUCUCAGCCUCUGCGAAGUGCAGGUACUGCAGCUGGUCCCGGAAGAUUCUGCCUUACAAUCCUCCUAUUUGUCCAAGUGA